CGCUUAGCGUUGCUAACAAGAUUGCUGCUAGGCGUGGCGCGCUCAGUUAACGUACCGUACGUGCAUCCGGCUAAUCCGAUCGAUGUGGCUCAGUGGGAAAGUUUCCAAGGCGAAAGACUCCACUAACUCGCACAGGGGCAAUUGAUUACCUCCACUGUACAUCGAGACCCAUAUACCAUACGCUCCGCCUCGGCAUACUCUUCGGACCGGCGAUUACUGGGAAGUCGGUGCUGCUCCGGGUGCUGAUCAGAUUGAAUUAUGAUGAAGGGGAGCCUAUAUUAUAACCGCACUACAGUUUAGCAGGGAGAUACAACGACUUCAUGAGCAACUUGGAUGUUAGAUGUUCAAUGUGCAUUUUGAUCAGUUGUUCCGAGACCAAUUCAGACUCACCCAAUUCGUGGAUUCGAUGAAGAAAAGUCAACGACUUUGAUUGUGCGGAGUAGUGAUACAUUCCAGAAAAUUACGAUGAAUGGACUUCGACUUUCCAUCCUCACAUUCCUCCUCUUCGUCUACCUCCUCCUCGGUGCUGUCGUGUUCCAUUUCCUGGAACAAGAACAUGAAGACAAUGUACGGAUUGAUCUGAUGGCCAUCCGUAGUCAGUUCCUUGACACCUAUCCCUGCCUUACUGAGGAUAUCCUGAUGAACUUCACCAGUAUUUUGCUCCAGGCUAGGAAUAGCGGUGUCACCAUGGAUGGCAACAGGACCAGUCCGUCCAACUGGGAUUUCAGUAGUGCUUUCUUCUUCUCGGGGACGGUCGUCACCACUAUCGGUUAUGGUGCGAUUGCUCCAAAGACAUAUGGUGGCCAACUAUUCUGUAUGGUAUAUGCAGCCUUGGGGAUACCAUAUACUGCUUGGAUAUUGGCCAGUGUUGGUUCGUUCUACGAAAAGACUAUGAAAAGUCAUAUCGGGAAAGCUGACCAAGCUCUCAAGAUGAUGGUCAAGAAAAGUAAAAUUCGUAAAGUCUUCUUGGGUAUUGUUGUUGCUGCCGUCAGCUAUACGAUAUUCCUCAUCAUCCCAGCAGUGAUUUUCAUGUUUCUUGAACAUUGGUCCUUUCACAUUGCCCAUUAUUACACAUUCAUUACGCUCACAACUGUAGGAUUCGGGGACUACAUUGCAACUGUAGACGGCCCUAUGUUGGAACAUUGGUUGUAUGAUCUAAUGGUUACAUUGUGGAAUAUUCUUGGGCUUGCAUAUCUUGCCAUCCUUAUAAGUGUCAUACGCAAAGGGGAAAUGAAAACAGAGGGCAGCUUGCGGAAGUUUCAUGCAAAAGUGUUGAAUAGACGUCAAACUUGGAAAGCUGAAAGGAAACACGAAUCAGAAGCAGUGUCGUCUAUAGAGGGUGUGAAAUUUAGAAGUUUAGCUCCAAAGAUAACUCCACGAGAUGAAAAGGAUUAUGACGUUCUUUAUACAAAAACAGGUCCUGAGCUAGGGGAUGUUAUUCUGCCAUGUUUUGUUGAUCUAGAGUCAAUGAAUACUGUUGAAAAGACAGAUGAUGUAGGUGGUGAUCAUGGCAAAGGUGACAUCUCUAAGUGUUCUACUGAAGUAGUUACAAUAGAUGGACAGAUCGUAGAGGAUAGAGAUACCAAUGAUAUGUGUAUCAUACUACAGUGUGAGAAUGUUGAAGACCUCGAUACUGUGGAAAAGGUCAUUCAUGCAGCACUAGAAGAACGAGUUCUAGCUAAAAUGGGUCUACCUCAUCAGAGCGUUUCAUUGAAAACUCAUUACAGACAGCCAAAGAUAUGUACACAGGGUACACAAACAGAAUGAAAUUUCAGGGAGCUUGUAAAGCCUGUCUAUAGCUUUGGUAUCUAAGGGUUAAUAAUGCAAAUUAUACUCAAUUAAGGCCAAGUAACAAAGUAGUUUAUCGUCCGUGUUUUUCGAGUGCAGUGAUGAGGAAAGUCCUUACUAUUUGCUAUCUUAAAAAAAAAGGAGUCAUUUUCUCGGCCCGUUUUUUAACAUCAGUGAUGAAGGAGGUCCUUACUAUUUACUAUUUUUAAAUAUAUUUUUAAUCAAGUGAUUGUCAGGCCAUGUCAGGCUUGAUUUAGGUGAUCGAUGCAUGCUCAAUAUCAGUUAUAUCAGUUCGUAGAAACAUAUAAAUUCAAUUAAUUGGAAAUCUAUGAAAAUGCAUUAAUAUGCAAUAAAAAAAUUAUUUAUGUAUUCAUUAUAAUGGUACCUACUGAUAUAUGGAUCUACAGGUACUGUAUUAUUCUUAAACAAAAUGUUCAUGUUAAAAGAAUGUUUUUAACAUUUUUUUUUUCGCUAGUAAACAGUGCACAUGGUACGCGUGAUUUUACGAAUUUGCUCAAACCCUGUUUUGGGUAAAAAUCAGCAGAUUCUGAAAUGCAUACAUGUGUUUCAUUUCAAAUAUUGAAGAAUGAAUACGAAUUGCAGACAAAUUUUGUAUACAAAAGAAUAGAAUGUAUGCUUUAAUGUCGUAUAAAUAAUUGUUUCUUUCAAAGCACGAAGUUAUGAGUGUCUGAAAAACAUCCAAACAUUUGAACGCGAUUAUCUCGAAAUCAUUUGAGCCAGUUCAUAAAAUCACUGACAACAUAUCUUCCACAUCAUUUAAGGAAUACACAAUAGGUGGUUUCAAACCGCCUCGAUCACAAGAAUCCCCGUUAAAUUACGGAACCUGUUUCGGCUA